AUGGAGCCGCAACCAGGGAGCCACUUCCAGGACGCGCGCCUCCCGCAGCAGCGGGGCGUCGACGGCGUUGUCUUCCCCGCUCGGACGGCCGCGGACUUCGACCGCGCCGUAGAUGCGUUCGGGUACGAGGAGCUUCCCUACGUCGUCGCGGCGCCUCGGACCAACGUCGUCGGCCGGGUCUUCACCGCCAACGAGUCGCCGCCCGACCAGAGCAUCCCCUUCCACCACGAGAUGGCGCAGAAGCUGGAGAAGUGUGGCCUGAUUUACACAAGAGUCUUAGGAGAGGGUGACCACUCAUCUUCUCCAAUCGGUCGUGGAUGGCAAUCAGUAUUUGCCACUAGUGAUAAAGUCGUCGUGGAUGGCAACCAAAAGAGCUGGUUCCAUGAAAAAUGGCCUGUUUCACUGGCCUAUUCCAACUGUUAUGUCCAACUGGAUGCCACAUCAGUUCCAAUGCACUCCUAUCUCUUCGAUGCCUCUUGGGUACUCCGGGCUGCAGCACGUGGAAUGGAACUGGAAUGGACUGGGGACCGAGUUAAAACAGUAACAGGCCCAAUACCAGCAGUUAAAUGGGAUGAGAGACGAGGAAGGAAAAUAUGGUUCGUUAACAUGGUUGCUGCCUACACAGGGUGGAAGGAUGCUCGGAAUGGUCGUGUGAAUACAGUCUCGUUUGGCGAUGGCUCGCCCUUGCCUGGUGAUAUCAUGGACGAAUGUGGGAAGAUCUUAGAAGAAGAAUGCGUGGCCAUUCCAUGGCAACAAGGUGACAUUCUUCUUAUAGACAACUGGGCGGUCUUACAUGGUCGGCGGUCUUCAAGUCCCCACGACGCAUACUUGCUUCACUCUGUAAAUAGCAUGUAA